AUGAUAAGAUGUAUGGGGGUAAAGCCUACUGAUGUUAAGUAUAUACACAACCUUCGUGUCAUAAUGUCACAUAGUAAGUUGAGCUGGAAGAGGAAGGUUUCGGUCUUUGAGAGUUUAGGGUGGUCUACUGAGGAGGUUAUAUCGACUUUUACUAGGACUCCGCAUUGUUUGUCUUGCUCUGAGAAGAAACUUAGGAAUGCUAUGGAUUAUUUUGUUAAUACAGUAAAGGUUGAUAGGGAGACUAUUAUUGGUUAUCCUAAAGUUUUGACGUAUUCAAUUGAGAAAAGGGUUGUUCCAAGGUUCACUGUUUGGAAGAUUUUGAUAGAGAGGAAAUUAACUAAGUGUACACGGUUCAUUUGGAUGCUUAAUAUAUCAGAAAAGGAGUUUAUUGAUCUGUAUGUUACCAAGUACUCUACUGAGAUACCUUAUCUACUGCAAAUCUAUAUGCAGUCCAAGGGGGGCUCUAUCCGGGCUGUAUGA